AUGCCCAAAGGCCAAAGUAAUGUUUCACUGAAAAGUCUGUGCAGCGAAAUAACAGAGGGUUCUCUACUCGAAGCUAAGGAUUCCUACGGAAAUUGGUACCCUGUUAAAGUUCUUAAUGUUGACGGUGACAAGGUUCAUGUUCAUUUCUGUAAUUGGAGUUCACGAUACGAUGCUUGGUAUCCAAUAGAUUCAAGCUUCCUACGUGUUUUAAAAAGAAAUUUUGUGCAAGGUACCACAAAGCAAGAUAAAUCUGAUUCUUACAAUCGUUCCAUGGAUAAAGGAAGCAAAGGUUCAGAAGUCUGUGAUAUCCAUUUUGAGGUGGGUAGUUAUGUAAUGGCUGCCUGGCGCAACGACUUUGAAUAUCUUGCUGAGGUUUUAGCUCAUCGUCAACGACAUGGUACAAAAGCAGAGUAUCGUCUCCGUUAUAUCUGGGAUCGUGUCAUAGAAUGGACGCCUAUCAACAGAUUGCGCAAAGCAACCCAGUAUGAAGUUGAUUAUGUGUUGAAAUUCUGUAAGGAACACAACACGUCCACAAACAGGCUACCCAACCAACCUGAUUCACAACAGUCAUGUAGCAGUGGUGAUUCUGAGAUAGGAAUACCACGGACUAAAAGAAUAAGAACAACACUUUCCGAAAGUAAAUCUGAUCGCAGUUCAGAUCCUGAGCUUCCGAGGUAUCGUUCACGUUCUACACGUGCAAGUACGAGCAGUUCGUGCAUUGUAGAUGACAAGAAAAGUCCUCAUCCAACAUUAUAUGAUGGGAUUGUUGAACAAGAUGGUAUGGUUUAUGAGAAAAGUGUUUUCCAAUUCCAUGAGGCUUGUCGAAAGCGUCGAGAAUUAAAGAGAAAAGAUAUCGAAGAGAAAGGAGCAUUUCCACAUUCUUUUGAUAGGUCUGUGUCUAUGGACCAAACAGAUCAUCAGGUCACUCUCAAUCCUGUGCCCCCAGAAGUUUCUGCAAGCGGUUCACUAAAAGCCGAAGAUUGUGUAUCUAAAUCAACCAUCAAUGUUUCAUCAUUGUCAUCAUCGAUUCCACCAUAUCAAAAAAGUGAUGAGGUGGAUGAAACCAAAUCAGCAGAGAAAGCAUGUCGUACUUCGGUUGACUCAUCGAAUUCGUUAAAAUCAUCAACCAAGUGUGAUGUUAAAAACAUACAACGAACUCGCCGACAUCUUGCACAGAAAAAGGAAGUAGAGAUUAAAGUGCCUCAUGUUAAUACCUCGCCAGAAAUCACAUCCAAGAUUCCUCCUAAAUCUGCAGCCCCUGUCGUGUACCCAUGUCCUUAUUGUUCACGCCAGCUACGAAAUUCAAAGUUACUUGAUGCUCAUAUUGUCAACUAUCACAAAAGUGUGUCUAAUUCUACGAAAUCUGCAUCAUUUAGGGGAAAUGGGGUAUAUCAAAAUCGAUGUUUGUCGUGGAAAUCCCAUCCAAAUUUCUCACCUUUCUUCAGGCAAAUCUCAAAAGGAAAGCUAAGUGAAUCUUGUUCUGAUGCAUCAAGUGUUACCAAGUUCACUCGACUGCUUUCGUGCUACCGAUGCAAUUCACGUGCUUAUGUCACUGAAAGGAGUCUGAUCUUAUUCAGUGUUCACAUUGUUUUUGUUGGUUGCAUCGUUCGUGUUAUGGAUUACCAUUCUGCAGUAAAUCACCUUUGGAAAUAG